UCCGAUAUUCAUAUCCCCCUUUCGUACGCACAUUGCAGUUUCAGAAACCCUAGUUUCACAACCCCUUUCAAAAUCCCCAUCUCUCUCUUUCAGAAACCCUAGUUUCACGACCCCUUUCAUAUCUCUUAUCUAUCUCUCACCAUGCUUUUUUCUCCAGGCCACUCACCUCGACACCUCUCUUCACCAUCACCUUCUCUCUCCGAAAAAUCCUUACAAACCCCAUCCACUUCUUCAACCCAAUCCGCAAAAAACCCUAGCAAAAACCAUGCCGUCCUCGAUGAGGACUCCUACGUCGCCUCAAUCGAGAAGAUCAUCGAACGUGACUUCUUCCCCGACAUCCCCAAGCUCAGGGACCGUCUCGAUUGGCUCGAAGCCGUCCGGAGUGGCGAUCCCAUGCAAAUUCGCGAUGCCCAAUUGAAGAUCAUUGAGCGACGAAGCGGAAAAGUAUCCAAUUCUGAUACUGAAGGUAAAACACGAACCCCUGGAUCAACUUUCUUUAGAACAAGUACUCCUUUCGAAUUUGAUAAAACUCCUACUGUUGCAAGUCAUGAUUUUGGGCUUGUUGAGGAGUCUAGUGAUGGUUCAGUAGAUGUGGCGUUGUCGCUGGAUGAGUUCUUUAGGAGGUAUACUAGUGAGGACAAUAAUAGUUUUUCGAAAAUUAUCGAGAAGGUGAAUAGGAAGAGGAAGGAGAGAUAUGGGUAUUUGACAGAAGGGGAAAAGGAGGAUGUUGGGUUGAUUGAGGAUGUGAAGAGGGAUCGGAUUACCGAUGGGUAUGGGACAUCGGAUCAGCCACCGAGUACUUUGGAAGGGUGGAACUAUACGGCGAAGAAUCUGUUGAUGUAUCAUCCAUCUGAUCGGGGUGAAGCGCCGUUAACCGAGGAGGAGAGGGCAGAGAGGCUCAAGUGCUUAACAAAGGAAAUUAAUAGGCCGAAUACCCGAUUUCAUGGUAAAUUAUUGGAUUCUGGGCCGAAAGAUGAAGAUACAGUUGCAGUGCUUUACACCCCUGUUGCAGGAGGGACUCCAGUUCAGAUGUCAUUGUCAGCAAGGGAAGGGGAUAAAAUGAAAAAGUAUGAUUUGGAUGAUUUGAGGAGAACCCCAAACCCAUUUUAUGUGGAAUCAUCAAAGAAAGCAGAUAAUGGAUAUAGUUAUGUUAAAACUCCGUCCCCUGCACCCGGUGUGGACGAAUCACCAUUUAUAACGUGGGGAGAAAUUGAAGGCACGCCACUGAGAUUAGAGCAGGAGGAUACCCCAAUUGGUAUUGGUGGUAGUGGUGAAGGCCCCCAUUUUAAGAUUCCAUUCCCACCUUCCAGAGAUCUGAAAGCUCAUUCAUUGUCUAGGGACGCCGCACGCAAACUGAGGGAGAGGUCUAAGAUACAUCAGAAGCCACCAUUGCCCUCACCAGUUAGAGGAGGAAGUGCUAGCCCGAGUGCGCGGACACUCUCUCCUGCUGCUCUGAAGUUUAUGAGGAAUGCAAUUUCCAAGUCCUCGAACUCUGUUGAUGAAUCUCUUCGUGCCAGUUAUCGGGGUUCCAGCCCUGGGAUAAGCACUCCAAAAACUGGGAGGAGUAUGUCGAGGCUUGGAAGAGAUGGGAGUCCAGCUUCCAGGUCACCCUCUGUAAGAGCAGACUCUAAUCCUCCUUGGUAAUAUGUAUGUCUUUUCCCCCAUUUUCGUUGUAUGAUAGCAUUGUUGUUUUGACAGUACAAUACUCUUGUCUUUUGGGAACAAGAAAGUUGGCGCUUGUAAGAAUUACAAAUAAUACAAAAGCUUGCAAAUUUUCUGUUCA